UUUGACUCGGGGCAGUAUGAGUCUUGUUUGGGCAAUAUAUGUGGUAUCUCCCUCAAGGCCAGUCAAAAAAAAAUAUAUAUCAAUAUAUGGAUCAAAUUUUGUGUUUAGUUCCAAAGAGCACUAAAUCCAUCAUUUGUUUAUGGUGGGUGUAAUUUUAUUUAGGGUAGAUCCAUUUUAUUAAUUUACCUUAAAUGGGUAUUGUACAGGGUCAAUGGAGAUAUUGUCUCAUUCUAUCUUCCAUAGAUCCAUAAUGAUUGAUGCUAUACACAGUUGAAACUUGACGUAUAAAUAGACCAUAAUGGGAGGAGCAUUUCAUAAGAUAAUACGAAAUCGUGAAAAUGUGCUCUUCAUGAUAUAAAUUAGAAUAUACAUAUCACCUAAUUUGCCAAGGGCCGAAUUCAAGGCUAGUUAUUAUUAUGAUUGGUACUGUUAUAGUUUUUAUGGUACGUCUAGUGAAUGCGAAAGUUUUUGCUUUUACAGCAUUAUGAAAUUUGUGUCAUCUCUAACUUUUUUAUAAUCCCACAACAGAUAGAUGAAUGCAUGGACUGGACUUCGGGGGAUAGUGUUCAGACCGAUGUCAAGCAUGAACAUAAACCGGACAAGCCUAAUGAUGUCAUUAAGCCCAGCAAGCUGGAGGAUCAAGUUCAUGCACUGGAUACUACCCUUGGUCCUAAGCCAGCCCUGACAGCUGUUGACAGCCAGUGUCCAGAGCCACCAUCCGGACCCAUUGACAGGGAAGCUAGUGAUUCAACGCCCCAAGCUGUAGAUGACAAGGGUCAGGGGCCAGAACCUGGAGCUGUCAAUGGACAGGGUCUAUCAAAGAACAAGAAUGAAAUGAAUGGGAUACUCAUGGCAGGUCGGAAAGGGUCUCCACUGCCAAGAAGGAGGAAGAGGGAGAUGCCUUAUGAAGGGCAAGUGCCUGCAAUGCCUAUCAAUAUCUCAAGUACAAUCAACCUUGGUCCAAAGCCAGACCCGCCAUCUGUUGACAAGCAGUGUCCAGAGCCACCAUCUGCACCCAUUGACAGGGAAGCUAGUGAUUCAAAGCCCCAGGCUGUAGAUGACGAGGGUCCAGAGCCAGAAGCUACAGCUGUCAAUGGACAGGGUCCAUCAAAAAACAAGGAUGAAAUGAAUGGGAUACUCAUGGCAGCUGUUGACAAGCAGUGUCCAGAGCCACCAUCAGCACCCAUUGACAGGGAAGCUAGUGAUUCAAAGCCCCAAGCUGUAGAUGACAAGGGUCAGGGGCCAGAACCUGGAGCUGUCAAUGGACAGGGUCUAUCAAAGAACAAGGAUGAAAUGAAUGAUGGAAAAGGUUCUCCACUGCCAAGACAGAGGAAGAGGGAGAUGCCUUACGAAGGACAGGUGCCAGCACUGGGUACUACCCUUGGUCCACAGCCAGCCCUGCCAGUUGUUGACAACCUGUGUUCAGAGCCACCAUCUGGAGCCAUUCUUCUAAUUAAUACAGGUCAAAAACGAAAGCGAAACGAUUCUCCACAACAAGUGCCUAGGAAGAAGAUGAAGAUGCAUGAUGGAGGAAAAGCAACAGGACCGCAGCCAGAGCUUUUGACAACCAUGGGUACAGCUUAGAAUGAUAUAUCUAAAAAUAAUAUGAUAAAUAAAAAAUGAUAAAAAUAGGGUGAGGGGUAGAUUUUAGGGGACUGUCGCAACAGGAAGUCUUUCCAAAAUGUAUUUUUUAUUUUAUAUGCUCUUAGUUUAAUGUUUUAGGUUCAAUAUGUUAAUCUCACAUAAAUGGAAGAAGAAAAAAAUGUAGUGAAGAUUUCCUUUUGCAACAGCCAACCAAGUUGGAAAAAAAAAAUUGUUUCAGCUUAGAAUGAUAUAUCUAAAAAUAAUAUGAUAUAUAACAAAAAAAUGAUAAAAAUAGGGUAUAAGGGUGAGGGGUGGAUUUUAGGGGACUGUUGCAAAAGGAAGUCCUUCCAAAAUGUAUUUUUUAUUUCAUAUGCUCUUAGUUUAAUGUUUGAGGUUCAAUAUGUUAAUCUCACAUAAAUGGAAGAAGAAAAAAAUGAAGUGAAGAUUUCCUUUUGCAACAGCCAACCAAGUUGGAAAAAAUAAAUUGUUUCAGCUUAGAAUGAUAUAUCUAAAAAUAAUAUUAUAUAUAAAAAAAAUGAUAAAAAUAGGGUAUAGGAUGAGGGGUGGAUUUUAGGGGACUUUUUGAAAAUUUUCUAUAACGGGCCCCUUCUACAACAUUCCGUUAACAGGACUGGUGAUUAUUGAUGUUUUGUUUGAAGUAACUGUAUAUGAAAUGUUUUUCAUUGGCUUCAAGCAAAAUGAUUACAAUUAUUGAAAUUUCUUGAGACAAAACUUCCAAGGGUAUGAGAUACACUUGUAUCCCACACUCAAAGGAUUCAAUCUACCCACUGCACUUUGAGGAUUAACAGAUAUGCAUGACCAUAUACUGGUACAUGUUUGUGGCAUCACCAAUGCUGUGAUCUUAAUUCUCAAUUUUUCCCAAGUGUUGGUCAAAUCAUUUAAAGUAAGUUGCUUAUAGUGCUAUUUAUUGAAAUCUCCAUUACGCAGGCUGAAUUAGAAUCAUCAAUAUUUAUUAUAACGGUACUAUAGGCCCGUCGUUAUAACAAAGGUCACUCGACCUACCAUUUUUGCUCAAUAAUUAUAAUGAUACUAUCUAAGAUUUAUAUAGCGCUGGUAUACACAUACAGUUUCUAAGCGCUUUACAAAACAAAUGAAAUGAAAAUUCACUUAUAUAUGAAUGGUGUAACUUAAUUCAAUCAAAAUAUGAGGAUGUUCAGACAUCCCAAUGACCGAUUAUGAGAUGAUGGUUGCUCGAAAAAUGGAAUUAUUUUUUUAAAUCAAGAUUUCCAUUCGUUGUUUUUUUGCGUAGCUCAUGGACCAUUUCAUUUUGUUGAUCAAAAUAAUGUUGUUGAUUUUUUUUUUUGGGGGGGGAUGGGCAUUGUCAUUGGCAAUUGCUAUAAUUAGAAAAUGAAUGAAAUGGUGCGUUAUUUACAUUUGUCCAUAUUUUUUUUUUUUUAAGUUUAUAGUCUUAUUAUAAUAUUAUGGUCAGUCAUUGGGGGGGGGGGGCACCCGUCUUUAGUCUACUAGAUCAGUGUUUUUCAACCAUUUUUUUAGUCACAGUAGAAAAAGUUACGCUUCACCACAAUCCAUCAUCAAACUAUCCAGUGUGAUCGACAGGCGCGGAUCUAGGAUUUCUUAGGGGAGGGGGCCCACCUUUUUUUU